AUUCCAGGAUUCAUCAGCCUAAACACCUCCUCCUCCUCUCCACUCCGGCACUUGGCCUCUCCCGCACUAGCUAGCCCAAGAGCAGAGCAAGGACUCUCCAGCUCUCCACCGCUUCCUCCCCUCCCUGUGAGCGACAGAGCUACCGCCGGACGGCCAUGAAGAUGAAGUACGUGGUGGUGAGCGGAGGAGUGGUGAGCGGGCUCGGCAAGGGCGUGACGGCGAGCAGCAUCGGCGCCGUGCUCAAGGGCUGCGGCCUCCGCGUCACCACCAUCAAGAUCGAUCCAUACCUCAACACCGACGCUGGUACCAUGUCUCCCUUCGAGCAUGGCGAGGUCUUUGUUUUGGACGAUGGUGGAGAGGCGGACUUGGACCUUGGAAACUAUGAACGUUUUCUGGAUAUCAAACUCACCCGUGACCACAAUAUAACAACAGGAAAGGUCUAUCAGGCUGUCAUUGACAAAGAAAGGAGAGGAGACUACUUGGGGAAAACCGUCCAGGUUGUGCCACAUAUUACAGAUGAAAUACAGGAUUGGAUUGAACGUGUGGCCAUAAAGUCGGUCGAUGGCAAAGAAGGGCCUCCUGAUGUUUGUGUAAUAGAACUCGGUGGCACUAUAGGGGAUAUUGAAUCAAUGCCUUUUAUUGAAGCAUUAGGUCAAUUUUCAUACCGUGUAGGAAAUGGGAAUUUCUGUCUGGUCCAUGUUAGUCUUGUUCCAGUCCUAAAUGUAGUUGGUGAGCAGAAAACCAAGCCUACACAACACAGUGUUCGUAGUCUAAGGGGACUUGGGUUGGCACCUGACAUUUUAGCAUGUCGCAGUACUGAGCCGCUCGAAGAACAUGUGGCCGUCAAGCUCUCACAAUUCUGCCACGUUCCAAUAUCAAAUAUUGUGAAUCUCCAUGACGUUUCAAACAUUUGGCACAUCCCUUUGUUGCUAAGGGACCAAAAGGCACAUGAAGCUAUUCUAAAAGUUUUAGAUCUUCAGCGUAUUGGCAAAGUACCUCGAGAACCUAAGUUGGCUGAAUGGACUGAAAGAGCCAACAAGUUAGACAAACUGAAGACUCCGGUUAAGAUUGCCAUGGUUGGAAAAUAUACCAGCCUGUCGGAUUCUUAUCUAUCUGUUCAGAAGGCUCUUCUGCAUGCAUCAGUUGCUAUGGGAAGGAAGCUUGUAGUGGAGUGGGUUUGUUCCUGUGACCUUGAAGAUUCUGCAGCUAAGGAGACUCCUGAAGCCCAUCAGAAAGCAUGGAAACUACUGAAGGGCGCGGGCGGUGUACUCGUUCCUGGAGGCUUUGGAGACAGGGGAGUUCAAGGCAAAAUCCUCGCUGCAAAAUAUGCACGGGAAAAUAAUGUUCCUUAUCUUGGCAUUUGCUUGGGUAUGCAAGUUGCAGUGAUCGAGUUUGCCCGAUCUGUCAUGAAAUUAAGCGGCGCAAAUAGCACAGAGUUUGACCCAGCUACGCCAUCGCCUUGUGUCAUUUUCAUGCCAGAGGGCUCCAAAACUCAAAUGGGAGCUACGAUGCGGCUUGGAUCAAGGAGAACAUAUUUCCUAGGCAAUAACUGUAAAUCUUCAAAGCUGUAUGGCAACGCUAGCUCAGUCGACGAGAGACAUCGGCACAGAUAUGAGGUUAACCCUGAAAUGGUCCCGGAGCUUGAGAAAGCCGGGCUUUCGUUUGUGGGCAAGGACGAAAGUGGAAGGAGGAUGGAGAUUAUUGAGAUACCAAAUCAUGAGUUCUUCAUCGGUGCACAAUUCCAUCCUGAAUUCAAGUCAAGACCGGGAAAGCCCUCUCCACUUUUUUUAGGGUUAAUAGCAGCGGCGUCGGGACAGCUAGACCGGCUGCUCCAGCGCAGCUGUGGCAUCGCCAGUCUAAACUCGACACCCAGAUGUACCACGAACGGCACUGUAGUCCCCCCGGUCAAGAAACCAUAUACGGCUGUGAAGCCACUGAAGAUCCUGGUGAACGGGUACUACGCGAACAGCAACGGCAUCCAAAUCUAACCGAGAAGCCGCCACCCGCAGCAUCUCAAAAUGUAUUCGUUUCUACCGCUUUGUUUGUACCCUCUCUCUCUCUCUCUCUUUUCCUGGGUUUGCCCUUUAGUUUGUUGGAUUUGACACUGCUCGAACGAGGAGGCAAAGGGGGUGUUUGGCAUGGCUCCGUUCCAGGAUUUUUCAGCUCCAGGACAAGCUCCUCUCUCACUUGGAGCAACUCCAUUGAGGAUCUGGAGCUAUGAGAGGAAGUGUUUGGCUACAAGGUUAGCUUUUGAAGCUCCAGCGACACGUGGUUCCGAUAUUUUUACGAGGAACGUCCUCCGGUCAUGUUGAAGUGAAGGUAGCUCUAGUAGGGUCUAUUGUGUUGUAUCCCUUUUAUUCCGCUAAGACUGUUCUGUAUCUUCCAUGGACUGAAUGAAUGGGAACCAGAUUUACCUA